UUUCCCCCAUUCUAAGCGCAUGGGAAACAUUGACCUACCGCUGAUCCCUCUUGUUGUUUCAGGGAAUAUGCAGGAGAUCAACCGGCAAAGCUACGAUCAGCCACAGCAUCUCAAUCCUCAGACAGCCAAUCAGUCCCCAGCAUCCGCCUCCCAACAGAUCGACCAGUCUCAGCCUUUUUAUCCCGGAUCAAACCGCGAGUCAUCGGGGAUAUCAUACGCACUCGUGCCUCAGGAUUCUUCUUCAUCGCCACCCAGACUAUCUCACCCACCGGUGGAACAGUCUGCUCAGGAGUCCAUCCGCAAUGCCAACCGACAGCAGUACAUUCAUCCUACCCGGACUAUCACCCCAUACGUUCGCCGGGAUCACCACCAGCGCUCGUCGUUGGGCUCUCGCGGACGUCCGCUGGGAUGGAACAACGACAUCGCUGGCUCUCGUGCAAGCCCGUACUCGAGCCCCGGCGCCAGCCCAUGGCCGGCCUACUAUCCGCUCCCUAGCGGGCAUGAACUGGGCAUGAGCAUACCGAUGCAGCGUCGCCCGAUGAGCGCGGACUUUGGCAUGCCUCUGGGCGGUCUGAUGGACGGUGCGGGCACGAAUAUGCAGGUCGGCGCCGACACGGAGGCCAUGGCGGUCACGGAGGUGAACGUGACGACGCCGAGCACGGCAGACGCGAGCCAGAAGCGCAGGAAGCAGCCCGCGAACUUCACGUGCCCUAUCCCGGGGUGCGGCAGCACCUUCGCCCGCCACUUUAACCUCACGGGGCACCUGCGCUCGCACGCCGAGGAGAAGCUGUACCAGUGCAAGUGGCCGGGCUGUGGCAAGGGCUUCGCGCGAUAUCCCGACUGCAAGCGGCACGAGCAGCUUCAUCUCAAUGUUCGCUCGUACCCCUGUGAAGGAUGCAAGAAGAAAUUUGCUGAACUGGAUGGACUCAGCCUGCACUGUGAGUAGUCUCAUG